UCUUGGCAGUCUGCGUUUUCACGUUCGAUGUCUCGCGCGAGAUGAUAUUGGCGACGAUUUAUUUAUUUAUUUUUUUCUUUUCUUUCCUUUUCUCUUCUUUUCUUUUCUGCUUCGACGGUUACAAGGGCACCAAACAAAACAUAUAUAUAUAUAUAUGUAUAUAUAUAUUUUCUUCUUCGUCCCAAUUAAUCGGAUAAUAUACGUAACGAGGUAUUAAGACGAGGUAAAAAGAGAAAGACAGAGAGAGAGAAAGAGAGAAAGAGAGAAAGAGUUCAGAACAUUGUUUGACGUUAACAAAUAAGGAAGAUCUCAUUCGUUCUUGUUAAUACUUUAUGUACCACGCAACGAUAUCGUUUGAACGAUACUAUCGGUGUGUGUAUAUUAAUUUUUUUUUUCUUUUUUUCUUUUUUUUUUUUUUUUUCUUUUUUUAGAUGUAAUAUUUGCACAGCCACGCGUUUUUGUUCAUCGUAUUGAGAGUACUUACUUUGCGUGAACGCGCGCGCGCGCGUGCACGCUCUUCUCUGUGUGUAUGUGCGCUCUUUUAUACGUUUGUGAGAAAAAGAGAUAGAUAGAUAGAUAGAGAGAGAGAGAGAAAGAGAGUUCAUAUAUGUCCUUACUAGCAUCGUAUAUAUAUAUAUAGAGAGAGUUGUUCGUGCAAGUGAAAGAGAGCAGUGUACUACGAAUCCGUGCGGUGAAUAUUUUUUUAAACGCUCGAAUGGAGUUCUUCGCGCGUAAGGAAAGCAAGUGAAGGAGAGAAGAAGAGUCGUGAAAAGAAGAAGAAGAAAAAAGAAAAGAAAAGAAAAGAAAAGAAAAGAGAAGAAAAGAGAGACGAGUCUCGUCGAAUAUCCGAAGAAGGAUUUACAAGAGGUAAACGCCAGGAGUAUAUACGACCUUGAAUACGAUCAACGACGACGACGACGACGACGACGACGACGACAACGACGACAACAACGACGACGACAACGUGUGCCGGCCAUGGUGCGCUAUAGUAGGUAUUAGUUGGUGCGUCAGCGGUGAAGAAUCGCCAAGUAUUAUGCGAUCGAAAGAAACACCAACAAGAGAAAGAGAGAGAUAGAUAGAUAGAGAAAAAAAGAAAGAGAGAGAGAGAGAGAGAGAGAGAGAGAGAGAGAGAGAGAGAAGGUGUAUCGUGUCUCUCUCUCUUUAACAAUAUAUUUCUAUUCGCAUAUGAUUCUCUCUCUCUCUCUCUCUCUCUCUUUCUCUCUUGAGAAGAAUAAAAAUAAGAAUAAGAAGAAUAAGAAUAAGAAUAAGUGUAAGUGGUAGUAUGUGCGUCGUGGUAAGAGGCGAGUGCAAACGAGCGUGGAUCGUCGUUGCAGAUACGAGUUCCGAGAUGAAGGCGGGCACGUAGAUCGGUCAGGUAGCGAGGACGACGUGAUUCUUCGAGAAAGAAGAGAGAUAGAGAUAGAGAAAGAAGAAGAAGAAAGAAAAAUAGAAAGAGAGAGAGAGAGAGAGAGAGAAAAGACCUUCGGUACGAGCAGACGUCUUCUUCUUACUUACGGCGUUCAUCGAAGAGAGAAGCGACAAGUAACGGCGCUCUCAGACCUGUUGAUAUCUCUCCUUUCGAUUUACGAAAAGCGCGCGCUUUCAUAUCAACCAAUAGGAUUCACCGAACGAAUGGCCACGGAAAUUGCGAACAAAAGGGCCGAAAGGGAAGCCCUUCGUGGGGUCAUACAACAAUGGAACGCAAAUCGUUUGGAUCUUUUCGAACUAUCCGAACCCAACGAGGACUUGGAGUUUCACGGUGUAAUGAGAUUCUACUUUCAAGACAGUGGUCAAAAGGUUGCUACGAAAUGCAUCAGAGUUGCAUCGGAUGCAACCAGUCGUGCCGUGAUCGAAACUCUCAUAGAAAAAUUCCGUCCAGAUAUGAGAAUGUUGUCGGUACCGGAAUACGCUCUUUACGAAAUUCAUGAAAAUGGAGACGAACGAAAAUUGGAAUUGGAGGAGAAGCCAUUGUUGGUACAAUUAAAUUGGCAUGUCGACGAUCGAGAGGGACGUUUCUUGUUGAGAAGGAUCGACGAUAAGACGAAUGCACAAGGUGUUGGUUUCUCCUCAGAAGGUUCUAGCUUUCGUAGAAAGCUGAGUAAGCGGGAGAAGAAACAAAUGAGAAAACAAGAGAAGCUUGGACGUUUGAAGAGUUUGGAACAGGAUGAGAAUACAGUGCCGGUCGAUCAAAAUGGCGUCGCCGAAAAACUUUAUACCGAACUUCCCGAGACGAGUUUCACAAGGAGUAUAUCUAAUCCGGAAGCCGUAAUGAGACGUCGUAGGCAACAAAAACUCGAAAGAAAAUUGCAACAAUUUCGUAGCAAAGAUGGUGGACCAGAUACCGGCGGUACUUUGAAGAUAUACGGAGAGGCACUUUGCAAAGAUGUACCUUAUAAAACAUUACUAUUAAGCGUUCGAGAUUCUGCGGCCCAGGUUGUAAGAGAGAUGUUAUCUAAAUAUGGUUUAGAUAAAGUCGACCCUCAGCAAUAUUGUCUGGUACAGGUGAACAACGACAAUACAAGCGGUGGUACUCAUCAAGAGUAUAUACUGGACGACGACGAAUGCCCGUUGGCUAUUCUCAUGAAUCACCCUUCCACGCGCGGAUCAAUCAUGUUUCACGUGAGGAGGAGACCGGCAGAUUAUGUGCCUCGCAAACGUAAAAAGAAACCUUCGGGAAAAUGGAACGAAUUAGAUCAUAGAUAUGAAGAUGAGAGACUACCAUUCUUAUUGGAACUUAAUCCAGAUGGUACCGAUAUUCCUAACGGAGCGGGUGUCAGGUAUCGUUUGCAACCAAACGUGACGGAAGUUGGAUCGGAACGACCCUUCGGUCCGCAAGGCGUGCAAUCUCAAACUUUAACUCUCAGUGGACCUACCGUUAUGCCAAGGCACUGUGUUAUAGCGUUUACGGAAAAUAUCGUCACUCUGACGCCAUGCUCAAGGGACGCUCAUACUUUCGUGAACAAUCAACGAAUACAUCAGACUACCAUACUCCAAAAUGGAGCUAUCAUCAAGUUUGGAAGAAUGCAUACCUUCAGAUUCAUCGACCCCGCGCCCGACGACCGUAUCAGGCAACGUCAUGAUUCCAACAGACAGAUUGAGUACGCAUACGACCGACGAUCGCCAGAUGCUACCAGCCAAGAAGCAAAUUCGGACAAGUACAGAUCAGGUUCUGGAUCACCAAACGGUGGUGGUGGUGGACACGCUCAAAGUCCUGGUCAGACUUCGAAUCCACCGAGUCCCACUAAAUCUACGGCAGCUAGCACAUCGCGUAGUCCCACGCACGGUACUCAUGCACCCGAGGUGACUCACAAUUAUGAAACGACUUUCGACCUGGACGGCAAUGUGGAAACGGCGAGCUUAACGAGUAGUAGAGAUGGCAACAGGCAUCCCCAAUACGAUAAUCAACCACGAGGGACGGACCCUAUCCUACCAGCAGUAUUGGAAUUCUUAGAAGAUACGGAGGAAGCGUUUCUACGUGCUGUUAUCACCGACGUAGAUCCCUCAGCUCCGCAGUUCAAACUUGCACCGACUUAUACCCUUUAUUUGGCUGCCAGAUAUCGUGCUAGCACUCAUUACAGACCAGAAUUACAACCUACCGAAAGAGCACACCGUUUGACCGUGAUGCUUGCGAAUAUUGCCUUGAUGAUACAAGGAGUAAUUCAGGAAAGAUAUAUGGAUGCGUCUUCGUUGGCAUUUUGGCUUGCAAAUGGUUCGGAAUUAUUGCACAUGUUAAAAAGCGAUCGUCACGUUGGAGCAUUUUCAACGAGAGCUCAAGAUAUCUUAGCCGAUGCCGUUCACGCUGCAUUCGCAUCUCUGGUACAUUGCGUUUCUCUUGAAUUGACACCAGCAAUGUCGCAAUUCAUGGCGGACGCUGAUGAGCCCGCUAAGGAAGCUGGUGUUUUACAAAUAUUCUCGAAUACGAUGGCUCUAUUAAGACGUUGUAGAGUUAACGCAGCACUGACCAUCCAAUUAUUCAGUCAUCUUUUUCAUGCGAUCAACGCAAUCGCUUUCAAUGCUCUAGUAUCUAAUGGGAAUCUCUGUGUCCGUUGGUUUGGUCGAAGAUUAAAAGCUAGACUUAAUGCUCUAGAAACCUGGGCUGAGAGGCAAGGUCUCGAAUUAGCCAGUCAAUGUCAUUUGGCAACGAUCAUGCAAGCUACGCAUCUUCUCCAAGCACCGAAAUAUAACGCCGAGGAAUUAGCCACAUUGAGUUCUACUUGUUUCAAAUUGAAUUCUUUACAAGUAAGAGCUUUGUUGCAAAAAUAUCAACCGGCUGCCGAUGAGCCACGACUUCCCGCUGAGCUCAUUGAGAACGUUGUCAGGGUAGCUGAAAGUGUCGCUGAUACUCUUGCACGCGCCGACGGACGUGAAAUACGUUUGGAAGAAGAAUCAACUUUGGCGCUGGCAUUGCUAUUGCCAGAGGAUGGUUACAGUUGUGAGGUAAUAAGAGGUGUACCACCGGGAUUGGUUGAAUUUCUAUCACCCUUGCAGCAAGAAGGUUUCUGUCGAAUGGCACCUCAACCUACUAGUAGUGGUUACUGGACUAUAUAUAUGAUAGAUCAUCAUACGAACCUUCGUAGUCCAAGUGCAAUGAGUAAUAGAUCAGGUGGCUAUACUGGGCACGUUGGACAGAAUCAAGGUCAACCAGAAAUACAUAUCAUAAAAUUACAUAAGUCGACCAAUGGUAUGGGUUUGAGUAUUGUUGCUGCUAAGGGUGCUGGUCAAGAUAGAUUAGGCAUUUAUAUCAAAAGUGUUGUUGCCGGUGGUGCAGCAGACGCGGACGGAAGACUAGCUGCUGGUGAUCAAUUACUUAAAGUAGACGGACAGAGUUUAGUAGGAAUAACGCAAGAAAAAGCUGCUGAGUAUCUAGUUCGUACGGGACCAACGGUGACGCUAGAAGUUGCUAAACAAGGCGCGAUAUAUCAUGGACUUGCUACUUUAUUAUCUCAACCAUCUCCUAUAAUGACGAGGGCACAUAAGGCCAGGCCAAAGUCAGAACACAUAAAAAAUCCCGCUAGACCUCCGGAAGUGUCCGUGCCACCAUCUACGUCACACUCGAUGGGCAAUCUCUUGUCCGUACCAUUGCAGGGUGCUACUUCUCAAGAACACUAUGUUGGCUGGGACGUAGAACAAUCCACAUUACCAGGGCCUCGCCGCAUGAGCGAACGUGAUCUUUCAUCUAGACUUGGACGUGAAACGAUUCCCCAACAAAUUCAUAGCAGCAAGUCCGUCCCAGCUUUGCACAAUAUGGGGGCCGAAGGGAAACAACAACAUGAAAUCUUCAAUCCGGGUUAUAGUAGAGCAUCAUCGAGUAAUAGCGUUACACCACCGGUUCAACCAUCUCCGAUGCCUGCUAUGAACGGAGCUUCAUGCCUACGCUCUAGAUCGAGCCAUAAUUUGCACGAUCCAACGAGAAUUGGGGCAUUACCUCCGACUGGUUUGGUUAGCAGGCAACAAUCCUCACCAAACUUAAAUCCAAAUCAACCUCAUGGAUCUUUCCAAAAUAGUUUACAAAAUAACGAAGCCGAAAGAUUCUAUCAAAACUUGAGCGUUUAUAGAAAUCAAGAUUCUACAGGGAAACAACAGCAGCCAAGUUUAUCGCAGCAACACAUGGAGGAGAGGAAUACGUUACACACGCAACGAAGCUCAAGAGGAUCACAAAAUUCUUUGAAUCGGCCGCCUGCGCAAGAAUUGAAUCAGGGAAGAGAUAGACCGAUAUCUGCUCAUAUUCCUCAAACCCAACAACAAGGUUAUUCCGGUAACCAAAUGCAACAUCAAAACGUGGUUCCGCCUAGAUCGCAAUCCUCGCGAGAUAUAAUACGUCAGGAAGCUAAGCUUCAAGAAAUGCAGGAAGAAGUUAGAAGACGUGAAUUACGCGGUGGUGCACCGAUGAUCAAUCAAUAUAGACCAAAUACAUAUAGUAUGAGACCGGCAAAUGCUAAUCAAACGGCUGGUAUUGUACCUGCCCGUGCUCUCGUUUCAAGACCAUUGGGUUCUACACCUAAUUUAGCAACAACGUCAGCAACGAGACAACAAAUGGGACCAACGUAUGGUCAUCCUGAUGCUGCUUAUUCCCAGUAUGGUCAAUGUAACAAACAUCCAACUGCUGGUAUGAGUCAGUAUGGGCUAACAUCCAAAGGAAAGACAGAACCAUCUCGUCAUAUACCAACUAUUGAAUCUGGAAAGGAAUCUCUCGCGGUUCAAGAUUCUACUAGAUCGCAUUAUGACCAUAAUCGUCAAUAUAUGACUUCUCAGAAUGGAUCACAUUAUACUCAUGGACCAUCUGAUCUACGAAGUGAUCAGUAUUCAAAUGACAAUACUACUAUAAUUCAAGAUAACGUCGAAGGAAAUUCUUUUAAUACCGCUGAAGUACCACCAGCAAGACCCGCUCUUCCUGAAGAUGGGUAUAGAGAAAGUCCACCACCUCCACCACCUAAUACAUUAACUCAUCCGUUGUAUAAUAAUCAAGCAGAUUCGAGGUAUACCGCAAGUAUGCAAGACCCACCAAGAGGUGGUUAUUAUCCGGCAAGUGGAACAGGAACAAUGCAACAACCUCGACAAUAUCAAUAUAGUGCUAGUAAUCCUUGGCAACGUGAAGAACGUGAAAAGGAACAAGCUCGAAGAAGAGAAGCAGCUAGACAAUGGCGCGAUCAGCAAAUUGCGGAGUUAAGUGCUUUACCUCACCGAACUCCUCAACAAGAUGAACAGCUACGUGCUCUUCAAUUGGAACGAGAUUUCCAAAAAAGAGCAGAAGAAGCUGCCAAUCAACAGGAUGACGACGACGAGUGUAAUGACAUUGAUACUGAAAGUAUACCACAGCCUCAAGGUUUAUUGAGUGUAGCUAAUUCUCAAGAAAGAACGAACACAGUAAGUCAGCAACAUACGUUGUCGAGGGCAAACAUAAAUAAUCAAUCGAUAAGAGGUACACCGCCUACAUCGCAAACUGUUAAUAGUCCACUCUCUCCAAAUGCUGCUGGAAAUUCGUGCCUAGUACAAAAUGAUAAUUCCGGUUUAAUGUAUUUACAACAACAACAACAACAACCACCACCACAACAGCAGCAACAACAACCACCACCACAACAGCAGCAACAACAACAACAACCACCACAACAACAACAACAAUCACAACAGCAUACUAAUCAAUCUCAAAGUAAUACAGUACAGUUACCUAGCUCGUCAAAUUAUAGUUCGUCCUUGUCACAUAUCGGAAAUAUUCAAAAAACAUAUACAACUCAAAAUAAUGAAGAAAGAGAAACACAACAGCGUCGAAUAGAAGAAAUCAGAAGGAAAGAAUUCGACGAGAAUCAAAGACAAAGAGAAGAAGAAAAUAGGCAUCAACAACAACAACAACAACAACACCAGCAGCAGCAACAACAACAACAACAACAUAUUCAGCAAUUAUACAAACAACAACAACAACAUAUGCAACAUUAUAGGAAUCAACAAGCAUUGCAUCCAAAUAUGCUAAGAUUAGAUAAUUUAGUUAUCAAUGGGCCUAACACGUCGCCGUCUUUACAAAAUGGAAAUACCGAUGCACCUCCACCACCAGAACGUGGAUCUAGUUACGCAGUGAUGUCUCAACAAAGUGCACUUAGGUCGAACAGUUCGACUUCUUCAAAUAUUGCCUUAACACCUCUAACAUCUUCGACGAUUAAGAGGGUUUCUUUUCAUGAUCCAAACGCAAACAAUGAAACAACACCACGCAAUGUCAUAUCUGGAAAUUUAAAUACUUCGUCCUCGAUGGGCAUGGUCACUAUUAGAGAAGACCCUAAUAAUUUUAUCAAUGAUGCUGAAAAUCUAUUAGCGUCUCCAAAAUCUCCGGAAGGUCCUGGCGUUCCGUUUGUUAGCGCCACACCUGGUGUUAUCGGUGCACAAGAAGUAUACAAAGAUCCACGACAGAAACGUCUCGCUGAAAAACAAAAACAACAAAAUUUGCAAAUGGGCGCGGUACCCGAGAAGCUAAGUUUCAAAGAGAAAAUGAAAAUGUUUGCCAUGGAAACAGGAGAGGAUGGUACGCCACGAGACAAAGUGAAAAUAUCACGAGCCCAACGUGAAAUUGAUAACAUCGGUGGCCCUCUUAGUCCUAAUAACAAUACCACGAAAGGCUAAGUGUCUAACGCAAUUUCGUCCUAUAUAUUCUUUAACAAAUAUUUAUGGAAGUGUAUACUACAUAAUUUGUAGUUAUGAUCAAGCUUCGUUUCUUGAUCAUGAAUCAUCAACUAACAAAAGAGCCAUUCUAUAUAUCUCUUUAUAAAGCUUAUAUAUACUUAUCAAAAAAAAAAAAAAAAAAAAAAAAGAAAACGAGGGAACAUAGAAAAAAAAACAAUAGUUUCAUCUCGACAGUUUAAGGGAUGCCUUAAUUCUAAAAAAGAUUAUAUCAUAAUAUCGUUAUCGUAUUUUUCGUCUCUGAUAGACGUAUAUAUAUAAAAUUCUUAAAUAUUCAAUGAUUUAAGAGUUUCAAAGAAAUCAAAUGAUAGAAAUUAUACAGAGUGUUAGUCAAAAGUUCUUGGAUGAUUAUGAAAAUCGAUUUUUUUUCUUUCGACAAUUUUUUUAACGAUAUUUUUUUUUUUUUUUUUUUUUUUUUUUUCUUAUUAUAUAACUACAAACAUAACUCUUAAAAUGAUUCAAAUCUAAAUUGCAAGUCUAAAAAAAAAUCUCAACAAAGGAUAAUUAGUUUUUAAAAUCACUUAGAAACUUUCAACUCUACCCUGCAUAUAUAUAUAUAUAUAUAUAUAUAUAUAUAUAUAUAUAUACAUAUUUGAGAUAAAAGUUGAUUACUUUAUGAAAUAUAUAAUUAUCGGGAUCAAGUUUUGAAUGAAAAUGAUAUAAUAUUAUCCAUGUUGAUCGUCGAAAGAGAAUAAUAGAAUUUGGCAGCCAUAUUUUAAAGUCUUGAAAUUAUACGUCGACGAUAAUAUCCUACAUUUGUUAAUGCCGUCUCUUCGGUGGACCAACUUAAUUCUAAUAUUUUAUGAUGAUGUAGUGUUUAAGGUGUAGCUUUUGAAAAUAUAUACAGGAAAAACAAAAGAAAGAAAGAAAGAAAGAAAGAAAAAAACUCAUUAAAGAGUAAAAUUCUUGAUCGGUGACAUUUCAAUGAACCAAUCAGAAUGUACCUCACACGAUUGUACAUAGGCUGAACAUAGCCGUCCGUUGCUUCUAUUGUUUGAUAUUUAUAUUUAUAUACAUUUGUAUGUUUGUUGUGUGCGUAUAUGUGUGUGUGCGUGUGUGUCCGUGCGUGCGUGCGUGCAUAGAAAAAUAACGCGAAAUAUCAACUACAUCAUAUUAUAUUUCUUCUUUUUCUUCUUUUUCAUUAAACUACAGCAUAGCAAUUUUAAUGUGUGAGUACUGUACAAAAUACACAAAGAAAAGCGCGCGUACAUAGCUUUAAUAAAGCAAAUUAUAUAGGUAGUCGUAAUAAUACUCUAUAUAAGAACCGAAUAUGCUUGUACAAUAUAUAUAUAUAUAUAUAUAUAUAUAUAUAUAUAUAUAUAUAUAUAUAUAAAUAUAUAAAUAUAUUUAUAAGAGCUUAUGAGAUCGUAAAGAAAACAGAAAAAACGAGAUAAAUGUUAUGAAAUUGUUCUUGCGUUAGAGAGGGGUCGUUCACCUAAUUCUUAGGUAAUGGCAAGCAAAAUACGCAUAGAUGGUUUUUAAAUAUAUUGUACAAGAGAGUUACAGAACAACACUAAAAUAUCUGAAUAAUAAUCAAUAGAAAUGUGAAUUAUAUUGUCUAAAAUGUAGAAAUUUAUAAAAAAAAAAAAAAAAAAAAAAAAAUUGCAAGUAACUCAUAUAUUAUAUAUAUAUACACACACACAUAUCUGUGUACAGGCAUCAAAAGUUCUUAAAAGAUUUUGAAGAAAUCGUAUAGCUUAGUAUUGCAGAGGAUUACAAUACAAUAAUCUUUAUAAUGUGAGAAGACAGUGUGUAUACGGUUAUUCAACAUAUCUGUGAGCAUUCAUAAAGUUUAUUAAUUUUCAAACAAAUAUUCUUUCAUUAUUUUUAUAAAUUAACCAUUGUUUUAUUAAUUUUAUUUAUAUAUUCAUUAUAUAUAAACGAAUGUAUAUUUGAUUUGAGUAGAGAUUUAUGUACCGAAAGGAAUGUAAAAAUGACUUUAAUUAUUGCAUUAUAUAAAAAUAACGUAAAAUUAUUUACGUUUCAUUUUGAAUGUCCACAGAAUUGAGAGAUUAUCGAAUCACUACUGUAACGAAAUAUAAGUAUCGUGGAAGAGUCACUUUUUAAUAAAAAGUUUCCUGCAAACUUUAGUUUGAUAAAUCUUACAAAACAAAACACAUAGCAAUAUUAGUAGUUAAAAGAAAGAGAAAGAAAAAAAAACGCGUUAAUAAUGACUGUUAAUCUGGCAAGCAACGACCGGUCGAGUCAAACAUACAUACUUGCUAGUAUAUAAUAUUCCUUGUAUUUGAACAAUUGUUUCUCAAAAUAUGAAUUCACGUAAUUACGUACGACGUUGUAUUUGUCUACGUAUGUAUAUGCUAUGUAUUGUUGUACCUUUGAAAUCUUUAAAGAGAACAUACAAAAUCAACGCUCUCUUGUUCUGAUAUAUUCAAAUAUAUUAUAUAUUAUUAAUGAUAACAUUAUAAAAAUGUUCCUAUGAAAUAUAUAUGUAUAUAUACAUAUACAUAUAUAUAUAUAUAUAUAUAUAUAUAUAUAUAUAUAUAUAUACACAUAUAUUUUAGGACAGAACAGAAAAAGGUACUUAUAUAAGUGUAUGUUGAAAAAAAAAUAUAUGACUCUAUGAAAAUAUUCUUUGAACAAGACUUUAAAAGAAAUAUUCAACGAAAUAUAUAAUUCAUAAAUCUAAUCGAUUACAACGAUCGUGUUAACGUUUUGAAAAGUAAUUAUUGUUCUAUUGCAAUUAAUGCAGAAUAUAUCGUUUGCAGUUCUCACAAAGAUGGAUACGACUCUUCCGGCGUUUAUUUAAGUUUGCAAAAAGUAUUUUUUUAUGUUUAUUAUUAUUAUUAUUAUUAUUAUUAUUAUUAUUAUUAUUAUUAUUAUUAUUAUUAUUAUUAUUAUUAUUAUUAUUAUUUUCUUUUUAGUACAUUUUAGACUUUUAGAAACUGACCGUGAUAUGUCGUGCAGCUCAUUAAGAAAUUUUCGUUAAGAAGGCAAUCGAAUCUAUGUAAUUUUAUGCGUUAAGAUUAUUCGAUUGUAACAUCAAGAAAAAUAAUUAAAUGUGUUUGUUUAGGAUCUAGGUUUUGGCCCGUAUUCCGAGCGUUAAAUGUAGAAACGAUAUGAAAUAUUUUUGGAAAAUAAACAAAUGCUUUAGAACUGAGGAAUCUGUUAGAACGCUUCGAAUACGGACCUUCAGCUCUUUAUACAGCCAUAUAUCGUUAAGAGAUAGUGAUAUAUGUUCAUUCUCGAUCCUGUAUUGCCCAUGUGUCCUUAAAUAAUAUACAAGUAUAUAAUUAGUAGAAUGAUUUUUUACCUAUAUAAAUAGUUCACAUACAUUUGUUUAAAACUUUAGGCCAAUGAGAGAGAGAGAGAGAGAGAGAGAGAGAGAGAGAGAGAGAGAGAGAGAGAGAGAGAGAGAGAGAGAGAGAGAGAGAAAGAAAAGAACGUUUAUUUAGUUUAACACAGCGUUUAAAGUCGAUGCAACGAUUAUCACUGUUAAUUUUCAUUUAAAAAUUUUUCUUUUUUAUAUUCGACUUUUUAUUCCAAAUAAUUCUAUUAAAAUAAAUGGGCAAUGUUUAUUGACAAGUGUUUUUAGGCUGGGCAACUUGUUAUUUACUACGUAUGAUUCGUAAAAAGUGAAAUUUUACAAGAUUAUAAAAAGAAAUAUAUUCAAGUUGUGCAACUAUUUAACGAAUAAAAGAAACAAAUUCCCUCCUUCGCGUGCGUAUAAGUAGAUAUAUGCAUGUAUAAAUAGUAUUUGCACUUUGUAUUUUGUAAUAACAUUUUAAUUAUUCAAUUGCAGUGGAGUCGUAGCGUUUGAUUUAAUUAUAUAUCGAGUUACGGUCACACACAACGAUAAUUAACAAACGUUUAACUAGCGUUAUUACAUUUUACCUACGUUAAUGAUUGCACCUUUAGAAAACGGACUAUAUUUUUUAAUUACUGUAUUAUGUCAAUAUAUUACAGAGAUGAUAUACUAUCAUUGACGAAGAAAUAAACGUCAUAUCUGCAGGCAA